CGUACAUUGACACAGUUGAAAUAAGACUGUACAGCAGUUCACUUCGUUUCUAGUAACUCUCAUAGAAGAAACUAUUCUCACCCACUGCUUUGAUAUAAACAAAUUCAUUUACGGAAACCUAGAAAAUUAUGUACAAUAAUAAUAUAAAUUGGAAACGCUAUAAAAAAAUGGUAAAAGAGGUAUUAUCUUCGAGGCAAGCAGAAGGACGGAGAUCCAUUAUGGAAAAAAUGUUUAUAUCACAUAUUGUUUAAGCAAUGCAGUAAAAAAUGAUUUACAAAUUCCAAUAUUUUCAAUAAAAAAAUCAUCGUAGUAAUGUUUGAUGUGAAAGAAGUAUCUCCUAGAAAUUUCAUUCACUUUUACCGCCUAAAAGCUCAAAUAUUAUCAACAAAAUAUUUCUAUUUUAAAAAACGAAGUACAUCCACAUGUACAUCACAAUGUACAUUCACAAUGUGUAUUUUUGGCUACUUUCAUUCCGUAUAUCACGUAAACUAUACGGUAACAUUGAAGUUACCAUAAACUUUUCAGACACUUUCAGCCUCCAGUCUUGACGUAUUUUGGCAGGCUUGUUCUGCGUAGAAAUAUAGUAAUUCGUGGGAACAGAGUAUACAAAUAAGGGCGAGAUUUUAUCUCAUAUACCACGGAUUUUGAUCGAAUCAGGGUCGUAAUCUUUUCGAAUACUGUCUUUUUGAAUAAGUGUAAAUUCAAUUCUCUAAAAACAAUAUUAUAUUCUCGAAAGAGAAAAUUGUAUCAUUUACAUAUACAAUUUAGUGAAAUAACCGUCGAGUGGAAAAUAGAAAGAAAAAUGGAGAAGCAAGACAAGAUUCUAUAUGGUUCACCAGCGUUGCCAGUGCCCAAAAUCUGUAUUGGACAAUGGAUUCUGGAGCGAUUACAACAAAAUCAGAACCGGAUUCUUCAAGUGGAUGCCGCAAGUGGAGAAUUUCUCAAAAGUGAAGACAUCUUGGUAAAAAGUAUAAAACUCGCAGAAGCUCUACGAUUUCGUGGAAUAAAAGCAGCUGACAGAGUCAGUAUAUCCAGUGAAAACCACCCCAACUGGCUCAUCCCCAUGUGCGCGACAUUUUACCUUGGCGCGGUACUAGCUCCAUUCAAUCCAGCCUAUGCCGAAGGGGAAGUUCGUAACACCUUCGAGAUUUCCAAGCCUAGCAUUAUUUUCGUGUCGCGGCGAACGGAGAAAUUGAUCAGUCAAGUGGUUCAAACUUUAUCCUGGACCGUGGAACUCAUUCAGUUGGACGAUGAAGCGAUGUCAACGAAUAUUUCCACUUUGAAGAGUAUCCUAGAGAGACCUGGAUAUAUUCCAGAUGCCUUAGCAUACAGGGCCGAAAGUGUCCCUAACCCGAAUAAACAAGAAGCUUUCAUAUUAUAUUCAAGUGGCACAACUGGUUUAUCUAAAGGAGUUAUGCUGUCACAUAAAAAUAUGUUAACGACAAUUUAUUUUUUACAAAACAAAGUUUUAAGACUACAAGGAAAUGAUACAAUGUUGUUAUUGUUACCCUUUUACCAUGGUUACGGACAAGGAAUGUUAUUAACGGUACUGUUAGCGGGUGUAAAAUUCGUAGUAAUGAAUUCCUUUCAACCUGAAACUUUCUUGAAUUCUAUACAAAAAUAUCGAAUCACUCACUUACCCGUGGUACCAUCUGUCAUGGUAUUUCUUGCUAAACAUCCAAUUGUCAGGAGCUACGAUUUUAGUAAUGUGAAAGAAAUCAUUUGUGGUGCGGCUUCGCUUUCGCAAGAUGUUCUAGAGGCCGUUACCAAUAAUACAGGCGUAAAAUGCAUAAGAAACGCUUACGGUAUGACUGAAUUAUCGAUAGCAGUGUGUGUCAACUCUAAAGAGAAUAAGAAUAGUAUGGCAGUCGGUACUAUUGCGCCAGGUAUGCAGGCUAAAAUAGUCGAUAUCGAGACUGGCGCAGUUCUUGGUCGUUAUCAGCAUGGUGAAUUAUGCUGUAAAGGUGAUCAAGUUAUGCUUGGUUAUCGUGGAAAUCCAAAAGCUACUGCAGAAACAAUCGAUGCAGAUGGCUGGUUACAUACUGGUGACGUAGCGUACUAUGAUCAGGAUGGUUAUAUCUUUAUAGUAGAUAGAUUGAAGGAGUUGAUCAAGUACAAAGGAUUUCAAAUAGCUCCUGCCGAGUUGGAAGACAUAUUAUUAUCUCAUCCUGGUGUUAAGGAUGCUGCUGUUAUAGGGAAGCCCGAUGAACUUUGUGGAGAGGUUCCUUUAGCUUUUGUGGUUAAGCAGGUUGGCUACGACGUUUCGGCACAGGAAAUCCGUCAGUUUGUCGAUAGUAAAUUGUCACCUCAAAAAUGGCUGAGAGGAGGUGUACACUUUUUAGAAGAUAUCCCAAAGAAUGCAACUGGAAAGAUAUUAAGAAGAGAAUUGAAAAAAUUAUUAGCGAAAUUGUAAAUGGAUUGAAUAAUUCCACGAUGUCUAUGUAGUGAAGUAUUAUCAUAUGAAUAUUACUUUCGAACUAAGGAAUGGUAUGGGAAGCCAGAGCUUCGGUAUCUGUCCGGCUAUCUUUAGCACGUUUCUACUGGCGAUACUUUCUGCUAGAAUAUACCGGGCCGAUGUGACCGGCUAUACGGUUCAACGGAAUUGGAUGAGUGAAACGGUCUCUCCUAUCGGAGAAAUUUAAAUUCAACGGGAUCGGUCACGUCCGUAUACUGCUGUUCCGUAUUCGCUCUGGACUCACUGCUAAUUCAAUUUUCCUGAACGUUGAUGACAAAUCUAAUUGACGAAUGCCAAUUAUAUCGGUACGAUCGCGUUUGGCGAGAAGGAUCGGUUUCUGGUUAGUCAUUUACUACACUUAAAAUUUCCACGUUAUAAUUUUACAAUUCACUAUACCUUUAAUCAAUACUAUGUUAUUCAGAAACCUUCAAGGUGACAGAUUUGCAUUAUACGUUUGUAAGGCAACAUACUAAUUUCCAGAGAAAUAAUUAUUAAUACCACAAAUAAAGUUUGAUCGUUUUACAUAAUAAUCAUGUUGGUUAAUAUCAUUGGAGUUCUUAUUUUGUGAUAUGUCUAAAUUUAGUAUUCAUGAAUCAUGAUCCAUGAACGUUGAAAAUCACAAUAACUCCUAAGAUUUUCAUGGAAAGGUACCUAGUAUACUAUAUGUGUAUAAUCGUAUCAUGUUAAUGCUAUUUAGUAGUUUGCUACGAGAGUAAUGGACAGGGAUAUAUGAAAGGGUUUUGACCUCAACAAAUAUUUUCAUAACUUCUUAUAGCUAUAGUUGUUUAUUAUGGAUGUUAAGAAUAGGUAUUAUUAUUAUAGGUAUUAUUAUUCGUAGAAUAUAUUUAUUUAUAAUAAAAUUAUUUUACAUGGAAAUAAAUGUACUAAUGCCACGCAUCUAAUGAAUGUAGUGCGACAGUGGGCGGGUUAAUAAAUAUAUGUAAUUUGCUUUUAUCUGA